CGUGUUUCAUCGCUAUUCAUUCUCCUUUGUUCUUUAUAAUCUGCUAUAUUGGUAUAAAAGUUAAUGUAGAUAUAUAUGUGAACGUGAUUUAUUUCCUUUCAAUCUGUUUAUUGUGUACAGCAGGGCAUAUACUUCUCUUGUCUUGGUUGGAUGCACAAAUCUGUGUGCAGUGCUUUUUGCCCGUUGCCUAGACGAUCACUUGGUUUCUCUGAGGAUGUCUGGUUCUCGUAAAGAGUUUGAUGUGAAGCAGAUUUUGAAAAUCAGAUGGAGGUGGUUUAGCCAUCAAGCAUCAUCUAAUUCUACAGUUGACAGCCAGCAGGGAGAAUUUUGGAAUCGAGGACAGACUGGAGCAAACGGUGGGAGAAAGUUUUUAGAUCCAUGUAGCCUACAAUUGCCUUUGGCUUCAAUUGGUUACCGAAGGUCCAGCCAACUGGAUUUUCAGAAUUCACCUUCUUGGCCAAUGGCAUCCACCUCUGAAGUCCCUGCAUUUGAGUUUACAGCUGAAGAUUGUGGCGGUGCACAUUGGCUGGAUAGACCAGAAGUGGAUGAUGGCACUAGUGAAGAAGAAAAUGAAUCUGAUUCCAGUUCAUGCAGAACAUGGAAUUCUGAACUGUGGUGUUGGAAUAAUAAUAAAUAUAGACCAGCCAUCUAUAAUCAUUUGUAUAAUGGAAAGAGGGGCAUAUCUUUACAUAGGACUUCCAAUAGUAGUCAGACAUUAUCAUCCUGCCAUACUAUGGAGCCAUGUUCAUCAGAUGAAUUUUUCCAAGCCCUUAAUCAUGCUGAACAAACAUUUAAAAAGAUGGAAAACUAUUUGAGGCAUAAACAGUUGUGUGAUGUAAUUCUAGUUGCUGGUGAUCGCAGAAUUCCAGCGCAUAGAUUGGUGCUCUCCUCUGUCUCGGAUUAUUUUGCUGCCAUGUUUACUAAUGAUGUCAGGGAAGCAAGACAAGAAGAAAUAAAAAUGGAAGGUGUUGAACCAAAUUCACUCUGGUCUUUGAUUCAGUAUGCAUAUACAGGCCGCCUUGAAUUAAAAGAAGAUAAUAUUGAGUGCCUGCUGUCUACAGCUUGCCUCCUUCAGCUUUCACAGGUUGUGGAAGCUUGCUGUAAGUUUUUGAUGAAACAGCUUCACCCAUCCAACUGUCUUGGAAUCCGUUCUUUUGCUGAUGCCCAAGGUUGUACAGAUUUGCAUAAAGUGGCUCACAAUUAUACUAUGGAGCAUUUCAUGGAAGUAAUUCGAAACCAGGAAUUUGUAUUAUUACCAGCCAGUGAAAUUGCAAAGCUUUUGGCGAGUGAUGACAUGAACAUUCCUAAUGAGGAGACAAUACUGAAUGCACUUCUUACUUGGGUUCGUCAUGAUUUGGAACAGAGACGGAAAGAUCUCAGUAAACUUUUGGCUUAUAUUAGGCUACCUCUUCUUGCACCCCAGUUCCUGGCAGACAUGGAAAAUAAUGCACUUUUUCGGGAUGAUAUAGAAUGUCAGAAACUUAUUAUGGAAGCAAUGAAGUACCAUUUAUUACCAGAGAGACGACCCAUGUUACAAAGCCCUCGGACGAAACCUAGAAAGUCAACAGUUGGAACAUUAUUUGCAGUUGGAGGAAUGGAUUCAACAAAAGGAGCAACAAGCAUUGAAAAGUAUGAUCUUCGUACAAAUAUGUGGACUCCUGUAGCAAAUAUGAAUGGGAGGAGGCUACAGUUUGGUGUUGCAGUGUUAGAUGACAAACUGUAUGUGGUUGGAGGAAGAGAUGGACUGAAGACUUUGAACACUGUAGAAUGCUACAACCCCAAAACAAAAACCUGGAGUGUGAUGCCUCCUAUGUCCACCCAUAGGCAUGGCCUUGGUGUGGCUGUAUUGGAAGGUCCCAUGUAUGCAGUAGGUGGACACGAUGGCUGGAGCUACCUGAAUACAGUGGAAAGAUGGGACCCUCAGGCUCGCCAGUGGAAUUUUGUUGCCACUAUGUCUACCCCCAGAAGCACAGUAGGUGUAGCAGUUCUAAGUGGAAAACUUUAUGCAGUUGGUGGUCGUGAUGGAAGUUCUUGCCUCAAAUCAGUAGAAUGUUUUGAUCCUCAUACUAAUAAAUGGACGCUCUGUGCACAAAUGUCCAAAAGGAGAGGGGGAGUAGGAGUAACUACCUGGAAUGGAUUGCUGUAUGCUAUUGGAGGACACGAUGCUCCUGCAUCCAACUUGACUUCCAGACUCUCAGACUGUGUGGAGAGAUAUGAUCCCAAAACAGAUAUGUGGACUGCAGUGGCAUCUAUGAGCAUCAGCAGAGAUGCAGUAGGGGUCUGUUUACUUGGUGAUAAAUUAUAUGCUGUUGGAGGCUAUGAUGGACAAACUUAUCUUAAUACAGUGGAGGCUUAUGAUCCCCAGACAAAUGAGUGGACCCAGGUUGCUCCACUGUGCCUAGGAAGAGCUGGGGCUUGCGUUGUAACUGUCAAAUUAUAACAUAAUGCUUUGUUUUCUAAAUGAAGAUAUUGUCUUCCUUAUGAAUUUAGUAAAAUUAUUCUACUACCAAUGGAUACAUUUUUAGUAAAUUUGCAAUGCCACAUUCCUGGGCACAGGGUGCCCAAUCUCAAAGUGAAGAUGGUAAAACAAGGGAGGAACAAGUGGAUGAACCAGGAUUAAAUCCUCCAUUUCUUAGGAAUUCAUUUCUCAGCAAAUCAAAACUACAGCUGGUGGAUUGUGAACAUAUGUUCCUGAUGUAACAUAUGAGGACAAAUGCAUUGCUCCUAAAUGCAAUGUGGUAUUAGCUGGGAAUUUCAUUUAUUAAUAAUCAACCACAUUUUACUCACGUUAUCCAGAUUUCUUUUACUACAGUGCACAUACACCAGAUGACACUUUUAAUGUUUGCUUUGUAACUUUAUCAUACAUUAGUUGCAGUAAUUUUUAUUCGUUUGUUUAACUGCAACUACAACUUUAAUGACAUACUAAACACUAUGCUAAUAUUUAGUUUUUUCAGAAAUAGCUGCAUUAUAUACACUUUGUGGAUUUUAUUUCUAAAUUGACUUAGUCUAAUGAAUGAAGAAAAAUGAGAGUUAAAACAAUAAUGACCAAUUGAAAACAAAAUGAUCUUUGAGGUCUUUUAAAAUAUUCACCCAGUUAUAUUUAGGAUUCCUAAGAGCUACGUGUUAUGAUAUUCUCAAAUUAGAAUUGAAACAUGGAAGAAAAAAAAAAAAAGAAACAUGGUGUUUUUCAUUAAAUUUAAGAUAUGCAAAUUUAUGUAGAGUAAAUAAAUGUUAUAUACCCUAUAAUGUUCUUUUGCCUAAGUAAUAAUUAUAUGGAUUUGUUUUCCUUUAUAUUAUAAAAGAUGUCUUGAUUUUGUCGUUUGAUAUUAACAAAACUCUUCAGAUACUCUUAUGUUCUCUUGUCUGGAUUUGCCUCCCUUGCUUUGUUUCUCACAUUUUGCUGCUGUUAGUAACCUUUUGUGCUUCUUUGUAAUCAAACAGUUUGAGGGGAAUGGGUUUAUUGAAUUUUGAAAAAUAAGUUUAAAGUGUUUAUUACCCAAAGUUUUGUACAUUUGUAAACGCCAAUUACACAUGUGAAUGUUAAUACUCUCAGUGAAUUGUUUAUUGUCUGCAAAAAACUCAUUGGGCAGUAACAUUUUAUGAUAAAUCCUUUAAGAUAUUAAAGUCAUUAACUUAUGUCUUACUAUAAAAAUGAGCAUAAUCUAAAUUCCCAUCUUUUAAAAUACACUGCUGUGGUUGAUGUGAUUUACAUUUUAUAUCAAGGUAGACUCAUUUUAGUUGAUUUCUCUAAAAAAUUAAACCAAGCUCUUUUUGGGGGUGCAGAGGGAGCCGAUUUUGAAUGCUCUUAAAAUGUUUCUUCCUUGGAAACCAAGAAACUGAGUACUUCCAUUCCCAAAACAAACCUUGUGGUCGUUUUAUUGGUGUGGCCACAAAGAAAAUAAUAGUGAUAGUGAAAAUAAUUCAAUAAUUAAUGUUUUAUCUAUUCAUUAUAUUAUGGAUAUAAAUUCAAUUGUAUUCAUGACAAGGAGGGAUCAGCCUUAGAGUAUAUUUAUGUACCUAGGAGAAGAGAAAGCAAAAGAUCUAAGAAACAAAACAAAACAAUCAAAAGCAGAACUGUGUUAGUACAUCAUCGCUUUCCUAAGAGGCAUAGGCCUGCAAUUUGAAAGGAAGUACUUAUAGUUGUGAUUAUUCCUUUGAACACUCACCAUCCACUCUCUGAUUACCUGUGGCCCAUGGUGGAGGCCAGACUCAUUUUAAAAGAACUGAUUCUCCUCUCUGAGGACCUUCCUUUCCUUUAUGGGAUUCAUGAAUAGUGCCUUUGAUUUUUCUACCCUGAGAGAGAGCCUUUUUAAAAAAAACAGUUUUGUACAGUUGACCCUUGAACAACACAGGGUUUAGGGGUGCCAACUCCCUGCACAGCAAAAAAUCUGCAUACAACUUUGACUCCCUCAAAACUUAACUACUGAUAGCUUACCGUUGACCAAGAAGCCUUAAUAAUACAAACGGAUGGCUAACACACAUUUUGUAUAUUGCAUGUAUUAUAUACUGUAUUCUUAAAGAAUGCUACAGAAAAGAAAAUGUUAUAUAAAAAAUCAUAAGGAAGAGAAAAAUACAUGUACAGUACUAUAUUGAUCAAAAAAAUCCUCAUAUAAGUGGACCCGUACCAUUCAAACCCAUGUUGCUCAAAGGUCAACUAUAGUCAAGAGGACCUGCUUUCCUGAAUACCAAUUAAGAGAACCAUUUCUUUUCUAGUGACAGAACACUUGCCAAAACAUUCAUUCUUCUCCUAGUCUGGGGUCUUAUAAAUCUAGAGGAAAAUAUGACUCUUUUUUGUACCCAUCAUCCAACAUUGCUGCCUUUUACUUGCUUUUUCAUUGAUGAUUAUGUCUAGAUGUUCUUUAUUUUAACCUCAAUUACUGAUACCUUAUAAAAAUAAUGUUUGUUAAUACUGAAUGCUUAUUAUGAAUUAAGAACUAAGUUUUUUGCACGCAUUAAUGCACUUAACCAUCACAACAGCCUUAUGAGGUAGGUUCUAUUAUUAUUCUCAUUCUUACAGGUGAGGAGACCGAGGCACAGAGAAGUUACCCUAUGCUCACAAAUAGCAAGUAAGUGGUAGGACAGGAAUUUGAAUGCAGGCACUCUGCAUGAGAGUCCAUACUCAUUUCUUUCUCUAGGUAGAAAAAGAGAGGUUUCAUUUUAAUAAAUGAACAAUCAUUUAUUUUAACAAAAAGAAAAUGAAAAAAGUUUAUGCUUUUUAGAAGUAAAAUUUAUACUGGUCAUACUCCUCUCAGAAAAUUUUGGUUCUUUAGCCUCGUGGGGAAAUUUUGUUUAAAUCUCAUGGAAUUUUACAUACAAUUUGCUUUAGAAAGGUAAAUGUAAGAAAACGUGUAUAUACUUCACAUUUUAUAAAUAUUAGAUAAAUUGCAUGGCAUUUUGGAUGACUGAACCAUAAACAAAUUUACUUAUCAAAAAGGCUUUAUUGCCAAAAAAAUUAGAUAACCUAGAUGAAAUGGGCAAAUUCCUAGAAACACAAAAUACCAAAACUGACUCAAAAAGAAAUAAAAAGUCUGAACAGACCUAAAACAAGUAAAGUGAUUGAAUCAAUAAUCAAAAUCUCCCAACAAAGAAGGUACAGCAGCAGGUGGAUUCACUAGUGAAUUCUACCAAACAUUUAAAGAGAAGUUAACAGCAAUUCCUCUUAAACUCGUCCAAAAAAAAAAAAAUAGGAGGAACACUUCCUAAUUUAUUCAAUAAGACUAGCAUUACUUUGAUACCAAGCCAGACAAAGAGUAUACACUAUGACAAAGUAAUAUUUAUUGUAGGAAUACAAGGAUGUUUCACCAUAUGAAAAUCAAUCAAUGUAAUAUAUCACAUUAGUAGCAUGAAGGAAUCAACAGCUAGAAGAAACUAGGACAAUGACUUGAAAACAAAGCUCUUUAUUAUAAGAAGAAUGAAGGGAGAUAUGAACAACAUGAUCAUCUCAAUUGAUAAGAAAAAUAAUUUGACAAAAUCCAACACCCUUUCAUGUUAAAAAAACAUUCCACAAACUAGGGAGAAAUGGAAUUUCCUCAAACUAUUGAAAGGCAUUCGUGAAAAACCCACAGUUAACAACAUACUAAAUGGUGAAAGAUUGAAAACUAUCUCUUUAAGAUCAGGAAAAAGCCCUCUUAACCACUGCUAGUCAACAUUGCACCAGAAGUUCUAGCAAGAGCAGUUAGGCAAGAAAAAGAAAUAAAAGGAAUCUCAAUUAGGAAGAAGUAAGACUGUAGCUGACAUGAUCCUAUAUAUUAAAAAUUCUAAAGAAUUCAUACACACACACACAACAAAACUUGAGAGCUAAUAAAUUCAGUAAUGUUACAAGAUACAAGAUCAACACACAAAUGUCUAUACAAAAAAAAAAAAAACAACAACAAAUGUCUAUACAAGACAAGAAGGAAAUUUUUAAAAAUCCAAGAAGGAAAUUUUAAAAAACAAGCCCAUUUAUAGUAGCAUCACAAAGAAUAAAGUACUUGGUAAUAAAUUUAACUGAGGAAGUGCAAGGCUUACACAAUGAAAAGUGCAAAGCAUUGCUGAGAUAAAGAUCUAAAUAAAUGGAAAGACAUCCCACGUUCAUGGAUUAGAAGACUUAUUGUUUAGAUGACUUUAGUCUCCAAAGUAGUCUACAGAUUCAGUGCAAUCCCUAUCAAAAAUCCAAUGGCCCUUUUUUUGCAGAAAUGGAAAAGCUAAAAAAAAAAAAAAAAAA